UGCGUACAAUGUAUACGUUUCGUCGGUAGCGUUGUAAACAAAGUACCUAUUUCGUUUUCCUUUAUUAAUUUGAUUUUAAUAGUUGGAGUAUGUCGUUAAGCCUAAUAGCUUUCAAUUCAUGAUUAAAAAUAGGCUAUUCAUCAUGUGACGGAAAGAAAACUACGAGUGUUUUUUUUAUUCUGAAAGUAAUCUACAGCGAUGAACACAGUCUGUAAAGAAUCAUAAUUUAGGUUAGGUUAGGUUAUAUCUAGAACGGAUACUGGAAAACAAAUGAGUGUCGUCAGUACCUGAAUAUUACAUUAUUUUCGACACUUCACUGAGGACAAGAACGAAAGUAAGGUAUCCAAAUCCAUCAAAACCGAGUUCACUUAGAUCGUCUGGCUUGUGAUGGCAGGUUCAGCGAAGCACAAGUCGCGAUCGACAGAACGCUCUCGAUCGAGAACGCGUAUUAACAAAAAGAAGAAGUCUGGGAAACGGAGCAGUUCUUCGAGCACCAGUAGCAGCUCUAGCAGUUCAGAUGUUUCGGUGAAAAGAAAAACUGUAUGUUCCAAAGACAAAAGAAAGAAAUCCAGGUGCUACAGCAGCAGUUCGUCAAAUAGUAGUUCAAGCUCAUCAAGUCGCUCAAGUUCUAGACGUCGUAAGGAGAAACGGACGAAGAAUAGUAAGCAAGACGAGAAUGAGCGUAAGUCCUCGGAAAGGCAUGACAGUAAGCAUGUUAGGAAUCAAGACACGUCUAAGAGCGACAGAAAUCGACACAGGAGCCGCAGCUGCAGUGGUAGCAGGUUUGCAAAAAAGAAUGACAAUCGGCGAUUCAACAAAGAUACACAGCGUUAUAGUGCAGAAAGAUUCAAUAAUUACCAAAGAAAUGAUUAUUAUCACAGAGGUAAACGCCAUGAUCGAUUUGGCGGCAAUGACCAGCGUUGGAACUACAAUAGGUCUGGAUAUCGUUCUAGGUAUAAUCAUGACUCGCGCAACAACAUGGGAUUCAAUAGAAACGAAAACUUUGCCGAGCGUAGCUAUCGAGAUAUGAAACCAGAUCACAGAAGAUUGAAUCGUAGUUCGGGAUUUGAAAACCGGGGUGAACGAGAUGACUUGCGGAAUAGUGGGGAUCGCAGGUUCCUUGUUUCUAAUGCUUUUGAAAAAACUAGCGAACCUGCAACAUCUGGGCAUCAUGAAGAUGUAAAACAAGUAGAAAAGGAUAUAUCACGAAGCUAUAAUGUGGCGAAAAAGAAAACUCGUAGCCUUUCCUCUGGCAAGAAUUCCAAGAAAUCAAAGAAACGUAGUUCUUCGAGCAGUAGUAGCAGCAGCAGCAGCAGUAGUAGUGAUAGCGACAGCGAUAGUAGCAGCAGCAGCAGCUCUGGUAGCAGCAGCGACGAAUCGCGUGUUGAAAAAAAACGUAAGAAGCGUAAAAAAGUGACUAAAAAGCUUAAGAAAGGAGAAAAAAAACGCAGGAAGAAGGAAAAGAAAUUGAAGAGGAAAUUGAAGAAAAAGAAGGCAAAGUCUGUGACUAAGGAGAAGAUUCCUUCUGAAAUAGAAAAUUCAACUACUGACAGACUACUCAAAGAUAUACCGGUGGAAGUGAUCGAGAAGGCAAAAGCAAUGGCUCCGAUGACCAAAGAGCAAUGGGAGAAAAAACAGAGCGUCAUCAGAAAGGUCUAUGAUGAAGAAACAGGACGUCAUAGGUUGAUUAAAGGGGAUGGUGAAGUGCUAGAAGAGAUAGUUAGCCGCAACCGUCAUAGAGAGAUAAAUAAACAAGCAACACGUGGCGAUGGGGAAUACUUCCAGUCCCAGCUGAGACUGGCUAAGUGACUAUGCUCAAUAAAUGUGAGAAUGACAACGCAAUAUUUAGUGUAACAGACAUAAUACUAUAUUUGAAGAACAUGGAUUGUUGAUAGUGUCUGUUUGAAGACUGUUGAAAGUAAAACUAUGCAUCGGUUUCAGAAAUAUAUAUAUAAAUGUGAAUACAAUGCCCGUUGAGAAAUCAUAAUAUGGUUACAUCAUCUACUUAAAUUCUUGAUGAAUAAUCGCAUAUUAUGAGUAAAGAGAUGCUACCAUGUUGAAUCGAUUGCCUGUAUUCAAUCAGUAGUAAAUGAUUGAGCUUUCUGAUGAUGAGAAGAUGAUGUAAACAAAUGAUUUAGUGUCUUAUCAACUAGUGUUAUUCCAUGAAAAGAGCAUUAAAAUAGUUUAGUUUCUUUUCAUUAUUAAUAUGGUUAAAAUCUUUCUUUUUAAGUAUAUACAAAAUAUUUUACAAGAUCAUAAUCCUCCGCGUCAAACCUCAAAUUUAAUUGAAUUUUUAACUCUUUCAUUUGAACUCUGAAUGCUUUUAUUGCACAAUAAAGCAAAGCACGAGGGGCAUCUAGACAUACGGAUAAAACUUUUCGGCCAUCCCAGCACCAGUGCAAAACACUUGAAGUCAAACUAGCUGCAAUCCAUACGAACCAUAUUUUGUUUCCUGUACAAAGUUGGACCAACAUCUACACUACCUUUUCAUUCAUAAAUCCUAUUAACAAUUCAAACCCAAACAUAUUACCUGGUUAUUCCAAUUUUCCGAAACUUGACAUUUACUUUCGGCAAAAUUAAACGUAUAUUUUUUUUUACCUCGAAAACAUUCAACAUUUUCGACUACAUACAUAAAUCUUGGAAUCUCAGGCAGUAGUCCGUGACGCAAGAAUUCAAUGCUAUUUAAUUUUUGUUCCCGAAUUUGUUACUGCUUGAAUAUUUAGAACACU